UCUUCCCUCAGAGGGAGGCAGAGACACCUUGAAGGGCUGAGUAUAAGGACAUGUACAGAGUGUCUUUUUAAAUAGUCACCAGAGCUGGGGGGGGAGGGGAACAGAAACAGGCUUGUAACCAUAACUCAGUUGGACUUGUUUCUGAGAAGUCAGAUGCCAUGGAUUGGCUCCCUCACCGAACGGCUGCUUUUCUGUUCCUUUUGUUGGUACUCUUGGAUUUCAGCACAGGAUUUCAUGUAGAGGUAAAAGAAUGGGAUGAAAAUGGAAUGGCAAGAUGGAAAACCUUUAGAAGACAAAAACGUGAAUGGAUCAAAUUUGCUGCAGCUUGUAGAGAAGGAGAAGACAAUUCCAAGAGAAAUCCAAUUGCCAGAAUCCGAUCUGAUUGUGAAGAAGACAAUCCAAUCACAUACAGCAUCUCUGGAGUUGGAAUUGAUCGUGCACCCUAUGGAAUAUUUGUUGUUAAUCCAAGAACAGGAGAAAUUAAUAUAACAUCAAUAGUGGAUAGGGAAAUAACACCAGUAUUUGUUAUACGUUGCUUUGCUAAACACUCAGUGACUGGUAUAGAUUUGGAACCACCUCUUGAACUUCGAGUCAGAGUCCUGGAUAUAAACGAUAACCCUCCUGUAUUUGCACAAACCGUAUUUACGGGAUCUGUUGAAGAGAGCAGCAUGGACAACACACUGGUGAUGAAAAUCAUUGCAACAGAUGCAGAUGAACCUAACCACUUGAAUUCUAAAAUUGCCUUCAAAAUAGAGAGUCAGGAACCUUCUGGUCCACCCAUGUUCAUUAUGAAUAAAUACACAGGAGAACUCCAUCUUGCAAAUUAUCUUGACAGAGAGCAACAUAGUAGCUACACUCUGGUUGUGAAGGCAUCAGACCGGGAUGGGGCUGCAGAUGGAAUAUCAUCCCUUUGUAGCUGUAAUGUGAAAGUUAUCGAUGUUAAUGACAACUUUCCAACUCUUGCUCAAAGCUCUUUUUCAGCAAGUAUUUCAGAAAAUUCACUCAGUUCAGAACUGCUAAGAAUACAAGCUCUGGAUGCUGAUGAAGAGUUUACAGACAACUGGUUAGCAGAGUUUUUCUUUAUAUCCGGUAAUGAAGAUAACUGUUUUGAAAUUAUUACAGAUCGAGCUACAAAUCAAGGAAUCCUUAGAGUAAUUAAGGAGCUGGAUUUUGAACACAUGCGGACUCACUCACUGAUGAUUGGCGUCAGGAAUGUAGCUGCAUUCCACCACUCUGUUGCACAUGAGUACCAAAUAUUUGGGACACCCCUCACAGUAGAAGUAAAAAAUUUGAUUGAACCACCAAGAUUUCAUCCAUCUUCAGUUGCGUUUUCCCUGGCAGAAGGAGCAAGAGUGAAUUAUGUUGUAGGAACAUACACAGCCAUAGAUGAGGACACUAGAACCAUUGCAUCAAAUGUUGUAUAUAGCAUAGGACGUGAUCCAGCUGCCUGGUUCAGAAUCAAUCAAAACACUGGUGAAAUCACACUGAACAAAGUUAUUACCCGGGAUUCUGUCUACGUAGUCAAUGGGCAGUACCAAGCAGAGGUUCUGGCUAUCACCAGAGGGUCUCCUCGAUAUACUGCUACUGGCACCAUUGUGCUUUCAAUAGAUGGCAUCAAUGCCAAUUGCCCAACUAUUAAUACUGAAAUGAGGAAAGUAUGUAUGAAUUCCCCGUCAGUGGUUAUCUCAGCAAAGCCUAGGGAUGGUGAUCUCUAUGCUACCCCCUUCACAUUCAGCAUACAUGGUGAACCUCAGACUACAUGGAUUAUCAGACGAAUAAAUGAUUCAUCUGCAGAGCUAGUGGGCCAGAACAUAGACUUUUACCUUUAUAGGAUCCAUGUUGUCGUAAGGGACAGCCAAGGCCGGCGCUGUGCUCGACCACACAUAAUUCCUGUGCAAGCCUGCCAGUGUGAUAGUCGGAACUACUGCACCAGUGGGGCCACAAGAAUAAUUAUCAUCGGUGGCGGGGGCGGCUCUGGUGGUGGCAGCACUGGUGGUGGUGGCACUACUGGAGGUGGUGGUGGUGGCACCGGUGGAGGAGACCGAGAAGACACAGGACAGCAAGGUGGUGGUGAUUAUGGCCAGACUAGACCUGGAGGAGAUUAUGGGGACUACACAGAGGGGCAGGGUUAUACUGAUGGCUAUGAAGGAGGUGAGGAUGGAUAUACUGCCUCCACUGAUGACAGCUACACUGGAAAUGAAAAUUAUGGCAGGCAAUUAGAAUCAAAUACCACACUUAGUGGUGCUGCCAUUGGCCUGAUGUUCCUCGGCGGAUUAAUAUUUGUUUUGAUUCCAAUUUUGAUGUCAAUGAGCGACUGUUGUGGCUGUGGACCUGGCGCUGCAGGUGGAGUUGGAACUGGAUUUGAACCUGUACCUGAAUGUACAGAAGGGGCAAUUCAUCCAUGGGGAAUAGAAGGUGCACAGCCUGAAGACAGGGAUGUCUCACACAUUCUUGCCCCAACUACUGCUGCAGGAGGUGAUUUUGGUGAACCUUCUGACAUAUAUAAUAACACAUAUGGAGGAGGAGGAGUAGUAGCUUCUGGUGUUGAAGAAACUACAGGUGUUGGCUAUGGCACUGGUACUGGCUACGGAACAGCUGGAGGAAUUUCUGGAACAGGGGAAGCAAAAGGGUCAAUUGGAGGAACAAUAAAAGAGUAUCGAGAAGGGGGAGUGAACAUGGCCUUCCUAGACAACUAUUUCUCUGAGAAAGCAUUUGUGUAUGCAGAUGAAGAUGAAGGUCGGCCAGCAAAUGACUGCCUAUUAAUUUAUGAUCAUGAAGGAGUCGGUACUCCCGUUGGCUCCGUGGGUUGCUGCAGCUUUAUUGGAGAAGAUACAGACGAAACAUACUUGGAAACAUUAGGACCAAAAUUUAAGACCCUAGCAGAGAUCUGUCUGGGCAAAGAGAUUGAACCUUUCCCUGAUGCUAACCCACCCUGGCCAGGCGUUGUCAACAUUCCCUUCCCCAGUCCUGAAAGUGAUCUAAACCUCCCGCCACCCGGCACCACCAUCAUUGUCAAUGGAAGUGCACCUAUGCCUACCGCUGCUGGCACGACAACAGUGAUUACUGAAAACACCUACACAUCUGGGACAACCAUACAGCCCCCAAGGCCAAUGCCGGAUCCACUGCUCCAUGGCAACAUGACGGUGACCGAGACCUACACCUCCAGCUCGCCCUCUGUUUGCGUUGACCCUCUGCGUGCAUCCAACGUCGUCGUGACGGAGAGGGUUGUGGGGCCUGCAUCUGCCUCUGAUUUCCGUGGCAUGCUAGAUAUCCCUGACCUCACAGAGGGCUCCAACGUCAUCGUCACGGAAAGAGUAAUCGCGCCUAACUCCCGACUCCCGGCAUCUCUGAGCAUUCCUGAUUUGGUAGAUGGGUCAAAUGUGGUAGUGACAGAAAGGGUGUUCAGGCCUGCCUCCGGCAUGCCGGGCAGCCUAAUAAAUAUUCCCUCAGAGUUAUCCAAUGCCCACAACGUGGUGGUCACAGAGAGAGUAGUGUCAGGGGCUGGGAUGAGCAGCGUGGGAGGAACAAGCCUGGGAGGGGCAAAUCUAGGGGGCCUGAGCAGCACGGGUCAGAUGCUCAGUGCCGAAAGUCAUCUUGGUCAGGGAAUGGGCAUGGCAUCUCCAGGCACUUCCCGGAGACGAGUGACAAAGUACAGCACCAUGCAGUACUCCAGUCAGUAAGGCCUCUGCUGGCACCCCUUCCUGCUGAAAUCGCCAUUUGCACCGACACUCAUUAGCUGCCACCCACCAAGAAUAUUGUUAUUAUUUAUAACUAAGAAAUAGCGCUAAAAUUUCAGGGAUUCCUGCCUGUGUGAGGAUCUCUGACGGGUGCCCCAUUUUGAGGUCAAAUGCACUUUGUCAGUGAAGGGAAAAUAGAAGUUAGCUUUAAAAUUUUUUCUUUCUCUCCACCUAGCACUGCAAGUGUAUAAAGAGACUAGUAUUUUUGGAGAGAUAUCUGAUUACCGGGGAGAGCAGUGAGAGGGGAUCCUUGAGUGCACACAGCAUGAAUUAAUGUCAUACAAAAACAUGUCAAAAUAGUGUACAGCUGAGUGAUCUCUCACAAUAAGCAGAUUUGGGUUAAUAGGCCCUCACUGACAAGUGAGGAAAAGAAUGUAGUUAAUAAUUAGUCAACUCAAGACUAAAUAAGCACUUUCAAACGCAUCAUUUUACUUUGCAUGUAAUUCAAGAAGCGCUACAAAACGGCACUUUCAACCAUUUCUCCCAUCACCAACAAUAGUUAUAAAUAAUAAUUAUAUAAACAUAACACACUUCCAUUGCUUUCUGAAGUUCUCAGUAAACACCCUGACACAGCCUGCCAUGCUGUUCCUGUCAUGGCGAGGAGCAAUUUUUCACAGCUGGUGCUGCCACGUUGACACUUUCACCCAAGAAGAUGUUGGCUUCAUCCUUUCUCCAUUGCCCUUACAGCUUUGCUUAAAUCUAAAAGGACUUCAGUGACAACCAGGAACUCUUAGUCAGAUUUUUGUGCCAAACUAUGACUACCAUUUGAAUUGCCAGUGUCAGGUUAUAUUGAGAGGUUUAUAAUAUACUGUGCCAAUUCUCGUCUCACAUACUGAUAAGAAACCAAAAUCUUGGAAGCUUUGUGAUGUAAGGAGGCAAUAGCAAGUAUUGUAUUACUGACACUGGUAGUUGAAGUCUUCCUGAAAAGAAAAAAACACUUGGAAGUAAUAUAAAUUUGCUAAUAAGCAAUGUGGAGAAUUUUUAUUUCAUAUGUCAAUGUAUUUUGCAUUGAUAUUUUGAAAGUUUAUUUGAAUGUAUUAAUUGAAAAAGUCUUUAUCAGUUGAUAAACUUAAUUAAAUCUGGCUUUUAUUUUCCCAAAAAAACAGCUCUGCUGGACUCUGUUAUUCUAAUAAUACCUUAACAUGUCUUAGAAUAUUAUCUGAAGGACCAAAAUACUGAAAUAUAUCUUUUAUCUCAUUUUAUUUCUGUAUCAUAUGUAUAGUAACCAUAGCACACCCAACAUUGCUUCACUGUAAAUAAAAUAGAGUUAUAGGGAGGGACUAGCUUUUUUUGCUGGACCACCAAAUCAGUAGUUUUCCUGCAAAUUUUGCUUCUUUGGCUUUGACAGAUAAGUUAGUGAAAAGUUUAAGAGUUGUCUGUGAACCUCUCACUCUAUAAAAUGGAAAAGAAACUCAAUGUUGUAUCCAGACUAACUUACCUCAGAAGGAAUGGAUGACCAGUUUCUGAGUCUGAUACCAAGAAAGUUUUCUUAAAAGAUGUUUUUGGAAACACAACUAGAUCUGCUGUCAACAACAGCCUGCAGUGCCCCCUGAGUCCAUGCCACUGUCAACAUCAGUAAUCCCUAGGAGUCAUGACCAAAUCCAAGGCUACCUCCAGGAAAGGUCCCUUCCAUAGCUUCAGGUUCUUUUCUACAGCAACUGAGCAUGCCAGAUGCUCUCCCCAUGAAUCUGACAUAUUGCUGGUUUUCCUUCUGUCUGUAGCCUUGAUUAUCUUAAGUAUCACUAAAAUUGCAUUGACUUCGAAGGGAUUAAUCUUCCCUAUAAGUUAUGUACCAACUGUAAUUAUGGUUCCUGGAACCAUUCUUUAAAGAAGGAAAAUAGGCACUAACAUAUAAAGCUAUAUCCUUUUACAUCUUGAGAAUUUUUGCAGAACUUCACUAAAAUGCUGACAAACUCCCUUUCAUUUUGCUAACCACCUGUUUACAUUAAAAAACAAAUAUUUGAAAUACAUAUUACUAUCUGGUAUAUAAAAAGCCUAUGUAAUACACUAGUGUAGAACACUAGAAAUAUUGUAAUGUAAAAAAAAAGUUAAAUCUGGUGUAAAUAUUUCCUUAAUCAUCUUAAGCAAAUCAGAAAUAUUUUUCUGAAUUGUGUUCAAAGUAAUGAAACUAGUCUUCAGGAGCACAUGCUGAAUUCCUUGAACAGGAAUGCUGUGUGAAGUAUGAGUGUCUGAACUAUGGUCUCUUGCAUGUCUAGAAAGAGGGGAAGAAUGAAUAGAAAAAAAUAUAGAAAUAGAAAUCUAAUACAAAAUAGAGAAAAAAUGUUGUUUCAAAGGACAGAUUUUGGUUUUGUGGUGGUUGUCUACUUCUAGUACUAUCUUUUACCAACUUUUUUAAUUAUUAAUCAUUAUGUAAUACAGCUUCUUGAAAUAUUUCUAUCAUUUUUUAAUAUUGGUUUCUCACAACAAACAGCAAUUGCAUUAUCCUGUGCACUUCUGAAUAUUAACUCCUAUUGCUUUGUAAUUUUUACAAACUUCCUAAAAAUUGUUUUCUUAGUGAAUUGAGGAUUCUUUUAGGUUCAAAUCUUUUAGAUACAAAUUGUGGAAGAAAAAAAUGCAUGUGAAGAUGUGAACAAAUACUUGGUUCAUUAAAAAUUCUGUUCAAAUUCUUUUUCUAGCUUUAUUGUUUAAAAAUAGCAUAUAGUUUAAUUCUAGCCAGCAGACAUUAGUUUUGUUUCUUUUCUUCCAGUUGUAAUUUAAAAGCCUGUUUGCUGUCUUACCUUUAACUGUAUUUUUUAAUGUAAUGAAGAAGGAAUGGUUUUCAGGGAAGUGAAGACAGUAGUGAUAUCAGUUCUGUUAUAAACCACUCAAGAAGUUGCUCUUACUUCAAGUCAGCAGCAUGCAAUACCAAGUGUAUGGCUUACUUUUUUGGGGUUUUUUUUUAACUUGGGUUUAUUUGGGAAUAGGAUCCUACAGUUUUAAACAGGUUCAGUGAGAUCUUGGCAUGAUGAGAAGUAUACUGACAUGGAAGAAAACAGAGCCAUAAGCUGAGGGUCUCAUUAGAUUUCUAUCUUAGGAACACUGUCUCAAAUUUGAAAUGCAAGUUUCAAUACUUUUUACUCUGUCCUAAUUCUGUGGUAAUAAAUAACACUUUUAAACUGUUGUGAGCAGCACAUUGUGCAAUACAAAAAGGCCACACAAUUUAAGUACCAGUUAAAAAGAAUUCUGCCAUUUUGCUUGAAUUAACAUAACUGCAUAAUUCAAAUGUUCCUCAAUGUUGAGUCACCAAAUGCAUCAUUUUAAUUUUAUUUAAAAUAGAAGUAAUAUUACUGUGGGCUUGUGUUUUCAUAAAUAAAAACAUUAGAGGCUUGUUUGUAAUAAUUUCUGAAUGGCACUGAAAAAAUACAAUAAAUGAUCAUUUGGAACAUCAUGCUUUA